CCAAUUUAGGUGUAGUCGAGACAUCUUUGUCUCUUAGCACCGGCCAUUCUCUUUAUUACCACAGGGAGAUCCUCAAUUUCUCCGAGAAGAAAGGGAAAUUGGCUGAAUUCUCUUCAAGUAGUAGCGGCGGCUCAACCGCUACUAGGUGUAGCUUUACCGGAAAACAAAGUCUCGCUUUUGUUCCGCCGCCAAUUUACCGGCCGUCGCCCACCACAACAGCCGCGCCCGGACCUUUUUACAAUCUCAAAUUAAGGAAAAUAAAUGAAAUUCAAUCCGAGCCUGCAUCAAUAAUAACCAUGCUCUAUGAUAAUGCACAAGAAAAGGGAAAGGCAGUUCCCGGUCUUUCGGUUCAUGCAAGAAUCUGCAGUUCAGGACCAGGAUAUACUCCAACAGUGGCUAUGGCUAGGAGGGCGACUCUAGCUAGAUUCCUCGAAAAACGAUUACAUAG